AUGGAGAGGCAUCUUCAUGGAGUUUUGUUUGUGUUUGUUAUCACAUUUGCUCUUAUAAAUUUUGUUCAAGCACAGGAUCAAGAAGGAUUCAUCACUUUGGAUUGCGGAUUGUUACCUGAUGGGUCUCCAUACGUGGAUCCAUCAACCAGAUUAACGUUCACCUCGGAUGCUAGUUUCAUCGAGAGUGGAAAGAACGGUCGAGUCCACAAGGAUUCUGAGCGAAACUUCGAAAAGGCGUUUGUAACGCUGAGAUACUUUCCAGAUGGAGAACGGAAUUGUUACAACAUCAAGGUCACGCAGGGAACAAAUUUUCUGAUUAGAGCUUCCUUCUUUUAUGGAAAUUACGAUGGUCUUAAUAUUAUCCCAAACUUUGAUCUGUUUCUUGGCCCUAAUAAGUGGACAACCGUAAAUUUGAAUGCUACCGGAGGUGGUAAGUACGUGGAGAUUAUUCACAAGUCCAGGUUAAGCUCUUUGCAUAUCUGUCUUGUUAAGACUGGAACAACUACGCCGAUGAUAUCGACCUUGGAGCUACGGCCACUGAGAAGUGAUAUUUACAUUAGUGGCAUUGAAAGCUCCUUGCAGUUCUUAUCCAGAAGUUAUCUUAACGGUUCAGGCCGCAUUUUACGGUACCCUGAUGAUGUCUAUGACCGUAGGUGGUUCCCGUUGGUAGAUAAGGAGUGGACUCUAGUAAGUACAACUCUCAAUGUAAACACUUCUAAUGGUUAUGAUCCGCCGCAAGGUGCAAUGGCAUCGGCUGCAACCUAUGUAAAUGAUAAUGGGACAUGGAAUAUUCCUUGGAGCAUGGAGGAUUCUACAACACAGUUUCACAUUUAUCUCCACUUUGCAGAGAUUCAAACUUUGUUAGCCAACGAGACCAGGGAAUUCAAUGUUUUGCUGAAUGGAGAAGUUUUUUUUGGACCUUAUAGUCCUAAAUUCUUAAGAAUAGAUUCUCUGCUCACCAAACCCGAAUCGACAUUGAGAUGCAAAGGAGGGAAUUGCCUCUUGCAGUUGGUGAAAACAACAAAGUCAACUCUUCCUCCUCUCAUCAAUGCUAUUGAAAUUUUUACUGUUGUUGAAUUUCCUCAAUCAGAAACAAACCAAGAUGAAGUUGUUGCUAUCAAGAAGAUCCAAAUUGCUUAUGGAUUGAGUAGAAUUAGUUGGCAAGGAGAUCCAUGUGUCCCCAAACAGUUCUUGUGGGCUGGUCUAAACUGCAACAACACUGAUAGUUCCACCCCACCAACAAUCACUUCCUUAAAUUUGUCUUCAAGUGGAUUGACCAAUGGCAUCGUGCCUGCCAUUCAGAAUCUAACCAAUCUACAAGAAUUGGACUUGACAAAUAAUGACUUGACCGGUGUUGUGCCUGAGUUUCUAGCUGACAUGAAAUCGCUCUUGAUCAUAAACUUAAGUGGAAACAAUCUUAGUGGCCAACUUCCUGAAAAGCUUCUACAGAAGAAAGGACUGAAGUUGAAUGUUGAAGGCAACCCUAGGCUAAUUUGCACAGAAGGGUCAUGUGUAAAUAAACCUGGAGAAGGUGGUCAUCCCAAAAAGAGUAUAACUGUACCGGUUGUCGCAUCAGUUGCUUCAUUGGUUGUUAUUGCAACUGCAUUGAUUCUGUUUUUUGUUCUCAAACGGAAAAAAUCAUCAAAGACUAAUGUAUUAGUAUACGUAUCAAACUACAAAAUCAUAUUGAUCAUUUGUGUUGCAGAAGAAGGUAGAGUCCCAACAUCAUCCGAGCCGCCAAGAAUAACGAAAAAGAAGAGGUUUACUUACGCAGAGGUUACUGAAAUGACAAACAACUUUGAACGGCUUAUUGGGAAAGGAGGGUUUGGUAUGGUUUAUCAUGGAUAUGUAAAUGGUACAGAACCAGUUGCUGUUAAAGUAGUCUCUCAGGCUUCAAUUCAUGGGCACAAGCAAUUCAAGGCAGAGGUUGAUCUUCUUCUUAGAGUCCAUCACAAGAAUUUGGUAAACCUAGUUGGAUACUGCGAAAAAGGGAAGGACUUGGCUCUCGUGUAUGAAUACAUGGCCAAUGGCGAUUUGAAAGAGCUUUUGUCAGGGAAGCACGACUCUUCUGUUUUAAGGUGGGAAAAAAGACUAAAAAUAGCACUCGAGGCCGCACAAGGGUUGGAGUAUUUGCAUAAAGGAUGCAAACCACCAAUUGUUCACAGAGAUGUAAAGCCAGCAAAUAUAUUGUUGGACCAACACUUGCAAGCCAAACUUGCUGAUUUUGGGCUUUCGAGAUCAUUCUCUAACGAUGGAGAAAGUCACGUCUCCACAGUUGUUGCAGGAACUCUUGGUUACCUUGAUCCAGAAUAUUACAGAACAAAUUGGUUGACAGAAAAGAGCGAUGUGUAUAGCUUUGGGGUCGUUUUAUUGGAGAUUAUAACAAAUCGGCCAGUGAUUGACCAGAGUCGUGAAAGACCAUACAUAGCAGAAUGGGUGGGAUUAAUGGUUACCAAAGGAGAUAUUAGAAACAUAACAGAUCCAAGUCUUAAGGGUGAUUACCACUCUGAUUCUGCUUGGAAAUUUGUUGAGCUAGCAAUGACUUGUGUCAAUGCUUCUUCAACUAGUAGACCAACCAUGUCACAAGUUGUUAUUGAACUAAUCGAGUGUUUAACAUUUGAAAACUCGAGGGGAGGAACGAGUCGAGAUAUGGACUCCAAUGGAUCUCGAGAAGUGACCAUGACAUUUGGUACUGAAGUGAACCCCACGGCACGCUAG